UAAAGGAGUGGGCUUGCGUGGAAACAGAAACACUUCUCUAUCGCGCUCCCCGACGCUGCAUCUUGCCGCCGGCGAUCGCCGGGGAGAGGGUCUCUCCCCCAAAUGCCGCGCCUCCGCCUCCCUCUACUACUACUCCUCCCCAUAACCCUCACCAUCUUCCUCCUCCUCCCCUCCUCCCCGCCCCCGCCCCCGCGGCCGCCGCAUCAGCCUCCUCUCCCCUGCGGCGCCGCCCCCACCGACGCCACCGCCGGCCGCUGGGUCCCCAGCCCGGACCCCGCGCCGCCUCCGCUCUACACCUCCUCCUGCCCCUUCCACCGCAACGCUUGGAACUGCCUCCGCAACGGCCGCCCUCCCCUCGCCGCGCUCUCCUGGGCGCCCAGCCGCUGCGGCGCCGUCGUCCCGAGGAUUGACGCCGCCGCGUUCCUCGCGGCGGCCAGGGGGCGGCGGAUCGGGCUCGUGGGGGACUCGCUCUCGGAGAACCUGGUCGUGGCGCUCCUCUGCGCGCUCCGGUCGGCGGACGCCGGCGCGCGCAAGUGGAAGCGCCGGGGCGCGUGGCGCGGCGGCUACUUCCCCAGGGAUGACGUUGUCGUCGCGUACCACCGCGCCGUUCUCCUCGCCAAGUACACGUGGCAGCCUGUAGAGAAUCCCAAAGAGCUUCAGAAGGAUGGAAUAAAUGGCACUUACAGAGUGGAUGUUGACAUCCCUGCUGAUGAAUGGGUAAACGUCACUAAGUUCUAUGAUGUGCUCAUUUUCAACACUGGACAUUGGUGGGGCUCGGAUAAAUUCCCAAAAGAGACUCCCCUUGUUUUCUACAGAGGAGGAGAACCAAUUGAGCCGCCACUUGGCAUCUACGAUGGACUGAAAGUUGUCCUGGAAAGUAUGGCUUCUUACAUUGGAAGGGAGGUCCCAAGUAAAACACUAAAGCUGUGGCGCACACAAUCACCCAGGCACUUCCAUGGAGGUGAAUGGGAUCACAAUGGCAGCUGUGUGUUUGAUCGGCUUUUACAAGAACACGAGCUCGACUCGUGGUUCGAUCCCGGGUUUGGAGGGGUGAACAAAGAAGCAAGGCUAGUGAAUUCAGCAAUUCAGGAAGCCCUGAUCGGCACAGACAUCCAGCUGCUCAACCUGACUUACAUGAGCGAGUUCCGAGCUGAUGCGCACCCGGCAAUCUGGCUUGGGAAGAAGGACGCAGUGGCUGUGUGGGGGCAGGACUGCAUGCAUUGGUGCCUGCCUGGCGUGCCAGACACAUGGGUGGACAUCUUGGCUGCACGGAUCUUGCAUUACUUCAAGCAGGCAAAUGGUCGAUGACAUGUUGAAGUUUGGAUCAUGACGACGAAUGCGCUCUAAAUGUUCUGCUGGAACAAACACAAUGAAUGCCAUGCUGAAUUUAGAACAGGACUACUGAAAAUCUAGCUACUUUUGUUGCUUGUAGCUUUUCUGAAUGGCGAAGAUAGAGGAUGGUUGUGUUAACCACACUUAGUUACUUACCAUUUGUUUGUAGAGAUGCUUACUCAAGAAAUUUUGUAAUUACAAGUUGAGAAACUGCAAUUGCUCAGUAAUCAGAAUUGUGAGAUUUCACACUUUCCAGUCCUAUCUCCG